AUGGCGCCUUAGAGCCUCCUGGUGACCCGGCUGCAGAGAGCCCUGGGUGUGCGGCAGUACCAUGUGGCCUCAGUCCUGUGCCAAUGGGCCAAAGUGGCCAUGAGCCACUUCGAGCCCAAUGAUUACAUCCGCUAUGACCUGCUAGAGAAGAACAUCGACAUUGUUCGUAAACGACUGAACUGGCCUCUGACCCUCUCUGAGAAGCUUCUGUAUGGACACCUGGAUGACCCAGCCAACCAGGAGAUCGAGCGGGGCAAGACGUACCUGCGGCUGCGGCCGGACCGCGUGGCCAUGCAGGACGCCAUGGCCCAGAUGGCCAUGCUGCAGUUCAUCAGCAGUGGGCUGCCCAAGGUGGCGGUGCCGUCCACCAUCCACUGCGACCAUCUGAUCGAGGCCCAGGUCGGGGGUGAGAAAGACCUUCGUCGGGCCAAGGACAUAAACCAGGAAGUGUAUAAUUUCCUGGCAACUGCAGGUGCCAAGUAUGGCGUGGGCUUCUGGCGGCCUGGCUCUGGAAUCAUUCACCAGAUCAUUCUGGAAAACUAUGCAUAUCCUGGGGCUCUUCUGAUUGGCACUGAUUCCCAUACCCCCAAUGGCGGUGGCCUGGGGGCCAUCUGCAUUGGAGUCCGGGGUGCUGAUGCAGUGGACGAUAUGGCUGGGAUUCCCUGGGAGCUGAAGUGCCCCAAGGUGAUUGGUGUGAAGCUGACGGGCUCACUCUCCGGUUGGACCUCACCCAAAGAUGUGAUCUUAAAGAUGGCAGGAAUCCUCACAGUGAAAGGUGGCACGGGCGCUAUCGUGGAGUACCACGGACCUGGCGUGGAGUCCAUCUCCUGCACUGGCAUGGCGACCAUCUGCAACAUGGGCGCAGAAGUCGGGGCCACAACGUCGGUGUUUCCUUACAACCGCAGAAUGAAGACUUACCUGAACAAGACGGGCCGGGCAGAAAUUGCCAAGCUAGCUGAGGAGUUCAAGGAUCACCUGGUACCUGACCCUGGCUGCCAAUAUGACCAAGUGAUUGAAAUUAACCUUAAUGAGCUGAAGCCACUCAUCAAUGGGCCCUUCACCCCUGACCUGGCUCACUCUGUGGCAGAAGUGGGCGCUGUGGCCGAGAAGGAAGGCUGGCCUGUGGACAUCAGAGUAGGUCUGAUCGGCAGCUGCACCAACUCCAGCUACGAGGACAUGGGACAGUCAGCAGCUGUGGCCAAGCAGGUGCUGGCUCACGGACUCAAGUGCAAGUCCCAGUUCACCAUCACACCGGGCUCUGAGCAGAUCCGCGCCACCAUUGAGCGGGACGGCUAUGCACAGGUCCUGAGGGAUGUGGCCAACGCCUGUGGCCCCUGCAUCAGCCAGUGGGACAGAAAGGACAUCAAGAAGGGGGAGAAGAACACCAUCAUCACCUCCUACAACAGGAACUUCACAGGCCGCAAUGACGCGAACCCUGAGACCCACGCCUUCGUCACAUCCCCAGAGAUUGUUACAGCCCUGGCCAUUGCUGGCACCCUCAAGUUCAGCCCAGAGACUGACUUCCUGACGGGCAAGGAUGGCAAGAAGUUCAAGCUGGAGGCCCUGAAUGCAGACGAGCUUCCCCACACGAAUUUCGACCCUGGGCAGGACACCUACCAGCACCCUCCCAAGGACGGCAGUGGGCAGCGGGUGGACGUGAGCCCCACCAGCCAGCGUCUGCAGCUCCUGGAGCCUUUUGAAAAAUGGGAUGGCAAAGACCUGGAGGACCUUCAAAUCCUGAUCAAGGUCAAAGGGAAGUGUACCACUGACCACAUCUCCGCUGCGGGCCCCUGGCUCAAGUUCCGUGGGCACCUGGACAACAUCUCCAACAACUUGCUCAUUGGUGCCAUCAACACUGAAAAUGGCAAGGCCAACUCUGUGCGCAAUGCUGUCACCCAGGAGUUUGGUCCUGUCCCUGACACUGCCCGCUACUAUAAGAAACAUGGCAUCCAGUGGGUGGUGAUUGGAGACAAGAACUAUGGCGAGGGCUCAAGCCGGGAGCAUGCGGCGCUGGAGCCUCGCCACCUCGGGGGUCGGGCCAUCAUCACCAAGAGCUUCGCCAGGAUCCACGAAUUAAAAAUUAAAAAAAAAAAAAAUUCAGAUAAAAUGAAAGAAUGUUCAAAAUGA